GCUCGGUUACACUAAAAUCGCCAUGAUGGAUUCUGUAACAGAAAGUUGGCAGCACCAUUCGAGAAAUUUCAGCUUGGCCGCUUCGCAGCGUCGAAAAAUCCAAAAAUAACGCCGUUAAAGUGUCCAAAACCGACCGAAAAUAUUGAAAAAGUGUUUAAGAAAGAACAGUCGACGGCGUAGUUGUUAAUUGGGCGCUGAAAAAACGCGAAAUAUAAUCGAAAUCAGCGUCUGCAAAAAGUUUGCCUUUCGCGUCUCGCCAUUUGAUAGUGGCGCAGGGGCAUUGGUAUUGGUGUGAUUGUAUUGCGCCAGCAAAGGACCCACACGAACAACAACAAGAACAACAAAGAAUCGUAACUAGAGCGUUUUUUAAAUCGAGUUAUGAGUGUCGCUGCAAUGACUAUGGACGAUCAAAGACCCUUGAUGAGCAGUUACGAUAAAAUGCCCACCUCGAAAUACGAGCAAAAUUUAAAUCUUUUAAACAGCAGUGGCGUCACUGCCAGUGGCAGUGGCAGUGUCAGUGGGGGAGGAGGGGGAGUAGGGGGUGCCGGUGCCACCAAUCAGUCAGCUCCCCCGCCCUCUGGACCCGCCUCGCCCACGCCAUCCGGUCCUGAGGAGCAUCAUCAUCAUCACCACCAUCAUCAUCAUCCUCACAAUCAGAGCCAGGAUCAACAGAACCAACAACAACAACAGCAACAACAGCAGCAACAACAACAACAGCAGCAGCAGCAGCAACAACAAAAUGCAGUUGCAGAGGCUGUUGCAGCAGCCGAACAGCGCCAGCGGUUGCUCGAAGAUGAGAUCGAGAAUCUCAAGCUGGAGCAGAUCCGAAUGGGACAGCAGUGCGCCGAUGCCCAGCGAAGGGAGAAGAUUCUUAUGCGGCGACUGGCCAACAAGGAGCAGGAAUUCCAGGACUAUGUGAGCCAAAUAGCCGAGUACAAGGCCCAGCAGGCGCCCACUGCCCUUGCUCUUCGCACUGCCCUCCUCGAUCCUGCCGUCAAUCUGCUCUUCGAGCGCCUCAAAAAGGAACUGAAGGCCACCAAGUCCAAGCUGGAGGAGACCCAGAACGAGCUCUCGGCAUGGAAGUUCACCCCGGACUCGAACACAGGCAAGCGUCUGAUGGCCAAGUGCCGGCUGCUCUACCAGGAGAACGAGGAGCUGGGCAAGAUGACCUCCAACGGCAGGCUGGCCAAGCUGGAGACCGAGCUGGCCAUGCAGAAGAGCUUCAGCGAGGAGGUCAAGAAGUCUCAGUCGGAACUGGAUGACUUUUUGCAGGAACUAGACGAAGAUGUGGAGGGCAUGCAGAGCACUAUACUGUUCUUGCAGCAGGAACUGAAGACUACGCGGGACCGGAUCCAGACGCUGGAGAAGGAGAACGCCCAACUGAAGCAGGUCAACAGCCCCAAGGACGAGCCUGUGCCGCCCACGCCAGCCACCAACGGCAGCACCAACACAAAGACCCUAUCCAAGCUGGAGACCAUUGAGGAGAACGCGUGCUUGUCGACAAAUCCCCCGGAACCGGAGGCCUUCAAUGGCGCGGCAAGCAACAUAAUCAACAACGAACAGAACCCGAUUGGCGUCAGCCCACCAGUCGCCGAGGAUGGAACGAAUGGCAACGGAAACGGUACUGACAAUGCGGCCAGAUUAGCUCGCAAACGAAACUACGAGGAGGAACCAACUCCGGCCGUAAUUCCCAAUCCGGUGGCCUACAAUGUGGAGGAGGUGGCGCCGCUGAGGGAAGUAACUGCUCCACGCACUCUGCCGCCCAAGAAGUCCAAGCUGCGAAGCCUCACCACGCGACGCAACUCCCAGCUGGAGGAUGAACUCCAAACGCCAGUGGCAGUGAUGCCAGUGAUUGUAGACAAUGCAGUGGCUGGCAUGGCCAGUGAGGAGGCGGCCGCUGCAGCUGCGGCGAUGGGAACAAGCGCGGAAACGGGCGUGGGAGUUGGGGCAGCUAACGAAGCUAGUGAUGCCGCUUCUGCGGCACCAGGCCGCAUCCUGACGCGUCGCCGAUCGGUUCGGAUGCAACAGAACGGAAGCGGGGCCGUCGAUUAUUCAACUUAGGAAGAGUCCUUGCCCCUCGAUCCUUGCCCUCUUUAUGAUUUUUUUCAUAUCGAUAUCGAUCGUUAAUUCCUGACGUUUACUUUUGUGAAUUGAGAUUUCAGAACAGAGAGAGACUUCAACUAAUAAUCUAAUCUAUCAUAUUAAAUUGUUUUAUAUUUUUUUAUCCAUUCGUCUUGUAAAAUACGUUUAUCAUUUUGUUUGCUACGCGAAUUCUAUGAAAGUCACUGCUUACAUACGACUUGGACUAUGUAGAAGACGGCAUACUUGCAAAGUAAUGAUCGAGAUCAUCGCGGAUUCAAUUCAACUCCAAAUCCAACUACAUAUUUAUGAUUU